AUGGAUUCUGUUGACGACGUUCCGCGCUCCCCGCCGUUUCUGACAGGGGGGAACGCCCAAGAAUUGGUAAGCGGGUCGGUACGUCGGCCGCCAGUGGGGAACCGCCGUGACAACGGUGGUCCGCCCAGACCACCACCGAGAGGGGAAACAUCGGCCGCCGCUCAGCAGAGGCCGACCAUGGGGACGAUCGACCCGUUCACCCAGGGAUUUGAUCGAAUUAUGGAACGCUUUGACCAAUUAGAAGUAAGGGUAAAUAGCUUGGAGUCUCCGCACGCACGCGAGAUCGAUCCCCCAGACGAUGAUUAUGAUUCGGAGGAUCGCGAGUACGCGGACUACAGAGAAUUGGAGGAGGCCCAACGUGGCCCGAACCCUCGCCACCGCCUGCUAGGGUUUCGCGACCGGAGGGGUGCGAGGGGAGGCAGACGUGGGAGUAUCUCACGUCGUGAGGAUCAGAGGCGGGGUGACUGGUGGCAACACGAGGGGCCUGGUGAUAAUCGAAUGGUGCCAUAUCAACCCCGCCGCCUGUCCAACUGGGACCCGCCAGCGGCACGCCAACAGGGGUGGCGAGACCCUCGACGCCGCGCGUCGUGCUGGGACCCGCCAGUACCUCGAGACCGAGGCCACUAUCAACAGGGUCCCGAAUCUCAUCACGGGGUCAAAAUGCGCGCCCCGCAUUUCGACGAGUCCGACGCUACAAACUGGAUAUCCAGGGUCGAGUAUUAUUUCGAUCACAUCAUGAUGCCGGAUGAGGAUCGUCUCCACUACGUAGUAAUGCUCUUCGACCCCCCUGCGGCGGAGUGGAUCUUUAACUACAGAAACAACAACCGAUAUGUCACAUGGACUGAGUUUCUGGAAGAUGUUCGACAUCGGUUCGAUCCGCAGAGUUUCCGGAAUUACAUUGGGCCAUUGGCCAAAUUAGUGCAGACGGGAUCGGUCGCAGAGUAUCACGACACGUUCGAGAAGUAUUUGAACCGGGUGGAAGGGGUCCCGGAUUACAUUUUAAUUCCCGUUUUCAUAGAGGGGCUUAAGAUGCCGAUUCAGGAAAAAGUCGAGCUGCAACAGCCGCAGUCGUUGGCCGAAGCCAUGGCUCUGGCCCUGCGCUUAGCCGCGAACCAAGACCAGCGAUACCAGCAGACCGCUUCGCAGAAAAGGCAGUGGCCUGCGAGGGAUACGCGCCAGCCAGCCAUGCUGCCCCCCGCAUCGGGCGGCAGUUCGUCCCAGGCACCGAAAUCAGGCCAGCAACCCCCGGAGCAGCAGCGGCCUCGUUUUACCCCGAUUCGCGUGUCUAAUGCCGAGAAAUCGGAGCGCUCGCGCAAGGGGUUGUGCUGGCAUUGCCCGGAGAAGUAUACACCGGGGCACGUAUGCGCUACCAGAUUGCUCUGUUACGUGGGCGACGAGGACUGGGAAGGGUCUGGACAGGAGCUCGAGGACCAACCCCAGGACGAGGAGUUGAUUACUGAGGAUAUCUCCCACCUUCACUCUCUAACGGGUGGGAAUCGGUCGGUCCCUUUCCAAGUCGAAGGGGAUUUAGGAGUCACAAGGGUGCGAAUUCUAAUUGACACCGGGAGUACACACAAUUUCGUCCACUCCCGUUUCGCCGAGAACCUGAAACUACAGCUAUCUAGUAUUCGCCCUUUCCGUGUCUACGUGGGAAAUGGGUCAUCACUUAUAUGUUCGCACAUUGCGCGGGGGACGAAGCUAUCGAUACAGGGGACGGCAUUUUUGACGGAUUUACACAUCCUCGAUGUCCAUGGUUGGGAUGUCAUUCUCGGGAUGGAUUGGCUGGAAUCGUUGGGUCGGAUCUCUGCGGAUUUUGUAGGAAAAACACUGGAGUUCAAACGAGACAAUAAAACGGUGAUAUUACAGGGAAGUAGACCGGGACCGCAACAGAUCUCCUUACAUUGCUUAGCCCUAUUGACGGCAUCGUCCUCGACCCACGAAUUCUAUGAAAUCGUCGCCUUGGCCCCCGAUGACGCCGCGUCGACCACAGACUUUCCCCCGGAUGUCCCGGAGGAGUGCCGGCUUGUCCUUGAAGCGCAUAAGGCCGUGUUUGACGUCCCUGGCGGCAUGCCCCCGCCCCGGCCGUUCGACCACAGGAUACACUUGCUGCCGGGCACGAAACCGGUCAAUGUUAGACCAUAUCGCUACCCGUACUUCCAGAAGAAUGAAAUUGAGCGGCAGGUGAAGGAUAUGUUAUCUCAGGGGAUUAUACAACGAAGCCAGAGUCCCUUCUCUUCCCCGGUACUACUAAUUCGAAAAAAAGAUGGGACCUUUCGUUUUUGUAUCGAUUACCGCGCGUUGAAUUUAGCGACGGUCUCCAAUCAGUUCCCCAUUCCUACCGCAGACGAACUGUUUGAUGAAUUGGGCAAGGCUAAGUUUUUCACUAAACUCGACUUACGGUCGGGUUAUCACCAGAUCAGAAUGCAUGAUGCAGACAUCUUUAAAACGGCUUUCCGAACGCAUGACGGACAUUUUGAGUUCUUGGUGAUGCCUUUCGGCCUCACAAAUGCCCCGUCUACCUUCCAAGCCGCGAUGAACAGUAUCUUCCAGCCUCUUCUGCGACGUUUCGUCAUUGUGUUUUUUGAUGACAUCUUGGUUUAUAGCCCCACGUUGGCGUCGCACUGCGAACAUUUGACAGAGGUACUAUCGCUCCUGAAAGCUCAUCAAUUCUAUGUCAAAUUGUCGAAAUGUUCAUUCUGCUGCACGACUGUUGAGUAUUUGGGACACUUAAUUGCAGACGGAACAUUGAAGGCGGACCCCCGGAAAAUUGAGGCCAUGACCGCUUGGCCGUCUCCACGGAAUGCAGCCACCGACGCCUUCGAGGCUCUAAAAGGGGCGAUGACAUCGACGCCAGUGUUACGUCUACCGGAUUUCACCAAGACCUUCUACGUCGAAACGGAUGCCUCGGACCUGGGGAUCGGGGCGGUAUUAAUACAGGGCGGCCAUCCCAUUGCUUACUUCAGCCGCAAGUUGGGUCCCCGUCGUCGUGUCGCCUCGACUUACCAUAAGGAGCUAUAUGCCAUUGUGGAGGCUGUGCAGAAAUGGCGUCAGUAUUUGUUGGGACGGGAAUUUGUAAUUCGUAGCGAUCAGAAGAGUUUGAAAGAGUUGCUACAACAGGUGGUCCAAACACCCGAUCAACAAUUAUAUGUCCGGAAGUUAAUGGGCUACAAUUUCCGCAUAGAAUAUAAGAAGGGAGCGCUAAAUCGGGCGGCCGAUGCGUUGUCAAGGAGAGAAGAGCCGGAUCCGGUGAGUGAGACGCAGGGCGCGGAGGAGGCCCCUGCGGAGAAUGCAGAGGACCAGGCGUCCGAUACAGCGUGCCUCACCGCCGUCGCGCACCCGACGCCAAAGCUGCUAGACGCCUUACGGCGUGAAACAGCGUCUCUGCCCGAAUUGCGGGAGCUCGCGACGCGGAUUCAUUCGGCGGAGGCACCCCCUCAAUUCGCCUUCGCCGACGGCUUAAUUUAUUUCAACAGACGGAUUUUAGUUAGCCAAGCAUCGAAAUUGAGGAGAUUGUUGAUGGAAGAACACCAUAGUACCCCGAUGGCGGGUCAUCCGGGUCAUGAGCGUACCUUCCGCUUGUUGGCGGCGGGAUUCUUUUGGCCUAAAAUGCGAAAGGAGGUGCGGAAAUUCGUGGACGCAUGCGCAGUUUGCCAGGCCACCAAAUACUCGACUCAAAGGCCAGCCGGGCUCCUGCAACCAUUGCUGGUCCCCUCCCAAGUGUGGGACGAUGUUUCCAUGGACUUUGUCACGGGACUGCCCCAAUCGCGAGGGUACACCACGAUCAUGGUGGUGGUCGAUAGACUCUCCAAGUACGCCCACUUCGCGGCGCUACCCACUCGAUUCGACGCCUUACGGGUGGCCCAUUUAUUCGUUAACACUGUGGUUCGUCACCACGGAUUCCCGAAGACGUUGGUUUCGGACCGGGAUUCGGUCUUUCUUAACGCCGUGUGGGAGGAAAUCCUUCGGCUAAGCGGGACCAAAUUGAAUUUCACUACGGCUUAUCACCCGCAAUCGGAUGGCCAGACCGAGAUUCGCAACAAAGGGUUGGAACAGUACCUAAGAGCGUUCACAUCGGACAGACCAUCGACGUGGUCCAAUUUCCUACCUUGGGCCGAGUUGGCGCUCAAUUGUUUCCACCACGCAGGCCUCGGCACCUCACCAUUUCGGGCAUUAUAUGGUCGGGAGCCGCCGUUGUUGGUCGCUUCCGUGCCAUCGGCUAAGACACCUCCGUGCGUCGCAGAACUAAUCAAGGAGCGGGGAGAGCUGCUUGUCCAGCUCCGAAAUAAUUUGUCCCGCGCCCAGCAGCGGAUGACCGCGAUGGCCAAUCGGCACCGUCGCCACGUGGAAUUUGACGUGGGCGAUUUUGUAUGGCUGAAGUUGCAGCCUUAUCGGCAGCACUCCGUGGCAAAGCCCAUCUCGGCGAAGUUGGCGAAACGUUUCUACGGGCCCUUUGAAGUGGUGAAGAGAAUAGGACCCGUUGCAUACAAGCUACGGUUGCCGGAGGGCAGUCGUAUACAUGACGUGUUCCACGUUAGCCUGUUGCGAGCUUUCGUUAAAGACGACCCCGUCGUUCCCUUACCGGAGACGUUCGUCGGGAAUAGGCCCGUGGCCCACCCAGUAGCUAUUCUGGACUCCAAGACGUUGUGGCACAAGGGGGAUGCGGUGGAGCAUGUGCUAGUGCGGUGGUCAGACGGGACGGAAUCACCGUCAUGGGAGCCGUUCGAGGAACUGGUGAAGCGUUACCCAACCCUCUCCCUUGAGGACAAGGAAGUUUCUAAGGCAGGGGGAGUUGUUACGGCCUCGACGGAAUCACAAGUGACGGCGAGUACUAUAGGGGGGGACAUGGUUGCAAUGCCUCCGCCUCCGUCGUCGGCAGCAACAGAAGGCGAGGUCGAAGCUGCUCCGGUUGGGGAAUUGGAGAAAAGUACAGAGGAGGAUACGAGGAGGAAGUUGAGGCCGCGGAAAGACAUCAAGCAGCCGGAACGCUACCGCACACCAGCUGCUCGAUAG